UCUUUCCCCUUUCCUCUCAGUCUGUAUCCCUGACACACACAGGAGGGAAGAAAGAGCCACAAACAGCCGGGAAACAGUAACGCUCACACGGGAUCUAUAGGGACAACCCUGCGCUUCUCCUUUCCCUGAUGGGUUUUUAUUACCCUGCUUGGGGGCAGGUUGAGAGGCUGCGGAUUUUGGGGGGAAGCUGAGAAGGACUCGCCUGCCCCCCACCUGUUUUUUCACUAGUCCCAUUUCCCCACUUUUCUUUUUUAUUCUUUGCAAGUUCUGUGCCCCCCUUUCCUGGCAACAAAAGCAGCAGGAGGAGCAGGAGCAGGAGGAUCAGGAGCAGCAGGAGCAGGAAGGGGGUGUUAAAGCCCCGGGUAGAAAGCAAAGAGAGCUCUCCGAGGCCUCAGCUCCUCUCUCCGAAUACUAAGGUGGUGAUGGUCGACCUGUGAGAGGCGCCCGCCCGCCUCCAUGUGAAAGCCACGCCCCAUGAGCCUUGGGCAGCUGGGGGCGGAGCCCACCUUGGUCUCUUCGGAUUGGUUCUGGAUGGAAUUACGUUGAAUGGACCAGAAUCUCAGCGGGCUGGACUGCUUGUCAGAGCCAGAUGAAAAAAGGUGGCCGGAUGGGAAGCGAAAAAGAAAGAACAGCCAAUGUAUGGGAAAAAGCGGCAUGUCCGGUGACAGCUUGGUGUCUCUGCCCCCUGCAGGGUACAUCCCCAGCUAUCUGGACAAAGAUGAGCCAUGCGUGGUGUGCAGUGAUAAGGCCACGGGGUACCACUACCGCUGUAUCACUUGCGAGGGGUGCAAGGGUUUCUUCCGCCGCACCAUCCAGAAGAACCUGCACCCCUCCUAUUCUUGCAAGUACGAUGGCUGCUGCAUUAUCGACAAAAUCACCCGUAAUCAGUGCCAGCUCUGCCGCUUCAAGAAAUGCAUUGCCGUUGGCAUGGCAAUGGAUCUUGUCCUGGAUGAUAGCAAGCGAGUAGCCAAGCGAAAACUGAUUGAAGAGAAUCGAGUGCGGCGGCGGAAGGAGGAGAUGAUCAAGACUCUGCAACAGCGUACCGAGCCAAGCAGCGAGGAGUGGGAGUUGAUUCGCAUUGUAACAGAAGCUCACAGGAGUACCAAUGCCCAGGGCAGCCAUUGGAAACAGCGUAGGAAGUUUCUGCCAGAAGACAUCGGACAGUCUCCUAUGGCUUCCAUGCCAGAUGGGGAUAAAGUUGACCUGGAAGCUUUCAGUGAGUUCACCAAAAUAAUCACCCCGGCAAUUACCAGAGUGGUGGACUUUGCGAAGAAGCUGCCCAUGUUCUCUGAGCUGACUUGUGAAGACCAGAUCAUCCUGUUGAAAGGAUGUUGUAUGGAGAUCAUGUCUCUUCGUGCUGCUGUGCGCUACGAUCCAGACAGCGAGACCCUAACGCUGAGCGGCGAGAUGGCGGUGAAACGGGAGCAGCUUAAGAACGGAGGUCUGGGUGUUGUCUCUGAUGCCAUCUUUGACCUUGGGAGGUCGCUUGCUGCGUUCAACCUUGAUGAUACGGAAGUGGCACUGUUGCAGGCUGUUUUGCUAAUGUCAUCAGACCGUACUGGUUUAAUCUGCACAGACAAGAUAGAGAAAUGUCAAGAGACCUACCUUCUCGCCUUUGAACACUACAUCAACCAUCGCAAACACAACAUUCCCCACUUCUGGCCCAAGCUCCUAAUGAAGGUGACGGACCUGCGCAUGAUAGGGGCAUGCCAUGCCAGCCGCUUUCUGCACAUGAAGGUCGAGUGCCCCACCGAGCUCUUUCCACCGCUCUUCCUUGAGGUCUUUGAGGACCAGGAAGUUUGAGGGACAGUGCAUGUCGGUAGAGAGGAAAGUGCAUUUAUCCCUUUUGUUCCUCCCUGCCUUUGUUGGCCAUUAUAUCCUAAGAAGACAAUGUAGGAAAAGCCUGCUACAGCUAAAGGAGCUUUUCAUUGUGGUACAUUAGGAAAACUCGGAAAUGGAAGCUUGCCUGCUAUCAUCUUGGUAAAGCAAAAAAAAAAAAGAACAGAAGCUGUUUGGCCCAAAACCUGAUACAUGUAAUGGUUGGAAGCUGAGUGGCACCACCUUAGGACACAAGAUGUCCAAGGAAAAGGCACUUCUACCCUUUUUAUUGUUUCCUGUGGCACCAUUAUGAUGCACCCAGGAAUGGAUGCUUGUUUAUUCCAGCAUAUCUCUCCCCAACCGCCUCCUCCACCAAAAGCCCCAGUGGAACAUGACUGGGCCGCUCUUAAUUGAUAUUUUUAAAUAUAGGAGGGGAGCAGAAAAUGAGUGGCUUAAACUCUUCUGCAUCCCCCCCAUAUACAAAAAGUGUAACCAUAGGUAGAUAGAUAGAUCGAUCGAUAGAUAGAUAGAUAGAUAGACUGCAACAGGUUCAGUGUCAAGCCUUAUUAGCAUAGUGCUCAUUGUUGGCCUUUGCUUUCCACUCUUCAGCUUCUAGACUGAAAUAUAUAUUUGUGUAUAUAUAUAUAUAUAUAUAUAUAUAUAUAUAUAUAUAUAUAUAUAUAUACAUAUACACUCACAUUCCCACUCAGAUGCAAAUAUUUCAUAUUUCUUAAGUGCCAAUGUCCAUGCAAUCCAGAAAACAUUGCAAUUUUUUGUGUACCAUAUAGGUAGUAUAUGUAGAUAUCUAUCUAUCUAUCUAUCUGAAUCCAAGUUUGUGUGUGUGUGUGUGUAUAUAUGAUAUACAUAUGAAUAUAUGUAUGUAUAUGUACACUCAGACCUAUAACAUAUAUAUAUAUAUAUAUGUGUGUGUAUGUGUAUAUGUUAUAUCUGCAAUCAGAUCCCAUUAUUACUUCAGGUGCUGAAUUCACCUCUGCAGAGUGCCUGUCUGGCCAAACGUUAUUCCUCCUUCAUUUAUUAGUAUGAAGCCAGAUGGGAGGCGGGGCAUAGUACAUGACACGCCGCCUCCCUUGCACAGAAUUCCCUCCAUCAUACGUUACAUUUAUAUAAAAAUCAUCCCGUUCACUCAAACCGUUGAGUGUUUUUGGGUGAUGAAAAAAGAAGCACCAAAACCUGCCUUCUAGUCCCCUCACCUUCCCACUGACCCUGCCCUGCGGAAAAACCAGAGACCCUCUGCAGCUACGCAAACCAAAAAUUUUUCUAAGAAGCACUUUGAAAUGGCAGAUGCAUGUGUUCUCUCUUUUUUGCUGCUCUCCUGCAUCUUAUUCUGCAUCUCUGUGGAGGAGAUAUGAUACGUGGCUUUACAGAGUUCCCGGCAGCCUUACUCUACAGCCUCUUAAGUCAAAGUCUAACCCCUUUUUUUGGGUUAUUAUUGCCAAGUUUUCUACACGAUGGUGAGGUUCACCCCACAUUCUUCUGUAGAAUAUAUUGCCUUCCCUUAAUCCCCUCUAUUUGCACUUUGCUGAAAGCACUUGUUACCAAUGAUGGACUUGGAUAAUGUUUUUAUCUUUUUCCCCUAAGAAGCACUUAGUAUAUUUUGAUAUAAUUAACCCCGUUAUUCUGUGGGCUGUUAAUAGACACCUGUGUGGCUUCACUGUCUCCUAUUGGACUGAGAACUAAACAACGGCACUGCUCACCUGUCUGCUGCCAAAUAGCAGAAGCACUUAAUAUCUAUCACUUAAAGUGUCCCUUUUGAUUUCAAUUUUUUUGGGGGUUCAGUAUUUUUCCGCAGGCAGAUUCACCCACCCCUACACCCUUCACAAUUAAAAUUGAAAAAGCACUUAAAUUUAUAAAUGAAACCCAUAUCUUUUUCUCAAUUUAUUUUUUUGGAAGAGAGGUUGUCUCUGCAAAGGGAAUUCUGUGCCAUAAUUUGGGGAUUCUUCCCAGGGAUAAGUCUGGAGCUUGCAGACUGCUGACUUUAAUAUGAGGGAUUGCGAGUAUAUCAGUCCAGUCGCACCCAGCGCCAGAGAAAAUGAAACGGAAUAAUUAGUGUAUCAAAUCGACCAUGUCUCCUGUUUCAGCGACUCUCUAUUGAUAGUGUCUCGUUCAGGAAGAAGCUUUGCUCAAAUGAAACGUAAGAGCAGUCAAAUUGAUAUCUUAUUCGGUCGAUACUCGUUGAAUAUUAGAGAUGACGGUUUCCUCUGGCCCUGGGUGCGGCUUUAGUGCUGUGAACUUGCACAGUGUUACAAGCACUCUGUGUUGGGCUUACCUCAGCUCUUUAGCAGAAGAAGAAGAAGAAAAAAAAAGGACAAAAUAUGUUGUUUUGUAUUUGAAUAGUGUUUUUCUUGCCCCUGGGCUCUGUUGGGGGCCUGCCUUUCGCACUGCCGACCCCCGUCAUGGCCCCGGGAGCACAGCUAUCUCUUUUAGCUUAACGUCAGCGGACUGGACGUUAUAAAGAAAUGAGGUCCGGUCCACUCAGUGGACUUUAAAGAUUCCAGGCCUCAGAGACCUGGCUAAUUGUUGUACCCCCCUCACAAAAACAACCCCAAAAUCCCUUGCAAAUGUGUGUGCUUAGCACACUCUAAACAAAGUAGAAAAGUAUGUAUAUAUGUGUAUAUAUGUGCCGCGGUGGUGUCACCUCAGAGGUGGCUGCACUUCUUUAUUUCCAUGCUUGUUCACUUCUGUUUUGUUUUUUUUUCAUUUUAACCCUCCCCUCCCCGUGCUGCAGAUACACUUUGCCCAUCUCCGGUGGCUGAGGCUUUUAGACAUCUCUUUUUGUGGGUUUUGUUUUGGCUGUUUUAAAUGGAGGACAAGUCAAUGGGUUGGUACAGAAAUAUGUCUUAACCCAGGUUUAUAGAAUUCUUUAUAGUGGUCUGUAUAAGCUUUUGGUGCCAUUCCUAUUCCUCUCUGCUUCCACUGUGUAAUGUGGCUCCAGUCCUUCAUGGCUCCUGCAUUGUAGGUUCCUGCUCCUGCAUUGUAGGUUCCUGCUCCGGCAUUGUAGGUUCCUUAUUCUGCAUUGUAGGUUCCUGCUCCUGCAUUGUAGGUUCCUUAUUCUGCAUUGUAGGUUCCUGCUCCUGCAUUGUAGGUUCCUGCUCCUGCAUUGUAGGUUCCUGUUCCUGCAUUGUAGAAUCCUGCUCCUGCAUUGUAGGUUCCUGCUCCUGCAUUGUAGGUUCCUGCUCCUGCAUUGUAGGUUCCUGCUCCUGCAUUGUAGGUUCCUGCUCCUGCAUUGUAGAAUCCUGCUCCUGCAUUUUAGGUUCCUGCUCCUGCAUUGUAGGUUCCUGCUCCUGCAUUGUUGGUUCCUGCUCCUACAUUGUAGGCUCCUGCAUUGUUGGUUCCUGCUCCUGCAUUGUAGAAUCCUGAAGCCACAUGUAAAUGGAGUCUUGCAUCACCGAUAAGACCACCCAACCAUAGACUUCUCAGUGAUAACCCACCACCUGUAGCCUCACCAGCUUCAUUCAUUUUUGAGUGCGCCUCUAAAUCUUUAUUUGGCCGCUCAACCAUGAUGCUUCAUCUGGCACCUAUAUAAAUAUAUAUAUAUUUUUGGGGGGUGUGGGGAAUCACGAGCAGCAGCUCACCCUGCAGAUGUUUAGAUCCUUACUCACAUGCUGUAAAGCCCGGCUUCAGAGGCUGUGUUCACCUCGCAAGGAAAAGCUUCACCAGUGCAGGAUCUACCCGCCGUAUAGAGACUCUUGGAAGAUUGUAUGCUACGAAACAUGUCGUGACUUCAGAGUAUAAACAGGUUUUUUUUUGUCACCCUGCCAUUCCCUCAACACUACAUAGACUUGUCUCUGGGAUAAUGUUUUUUUUUCCGUUCAAUCAAUGGCUUAUGCAGAAGCAACCUCUCAACUGACAGUAACUAUGUCUGCAUUGGAGAGAGACAGAGCAUUUAGCCACGCUCGCUCUCCCAGCUCGCACACUCACACUUUAUUCAUACCAGGAAUAAACCAGGAAGAAUUUAUUUUUGUUUUUCUCAUACGCUCAUACCUCAGACAACGACCCCUUCUCAUCCCCUUUUUACGUUUGCCGACCUCACUGUUUUGACUUUUUGAAGGUGAGAACCCCCCAUUGAUUGAGAACCUGAUGUGGAGGGGGUUUCUGUGGCUCACCAGCUGGAAUGUGUGUAUGUGGCCCCUACAGAAAGACCCUAAGCGGAGCGGACACACAAAGCAAUGGACUUGAGAAACGGCACAGAAAGGGGGCACUAUGGAUAGCGCAGAACGUCUUCAUUUUACUUUAUCCACAGCAUUAAGGAAAAUAAUACAAACCUCCGGCUGCCUCGGCCGCUAAACAUUAUGUUGGACUUCUCUGCCCCAUGCAAAUUACAUCCAAAUUUCCUUCUUUCUUUCUUUCUUCUCUAUACCCCAAAAAUUCAAAAAAUGGUGGGGGGGGGCUUUUUUUUUUUUUUUUAAUGAAUUCCUCUUCGUCAGUUCAGAAUAGUUUUUAAAGGAGGUUUUUAACACAUUUUAACUGUAAUUUACUGGAAAGUUUAACUUUUACACACACAAAUAUAUAUAUAUAUAUAUAUAUAUAUAUAUAUAUAUAUAUAUAUAUAUAUAUAUAUA